CACGCGCGCUCAGGGCGGUGCAGCCGGGGCGGAGCCCCGCCCUAUACGCUCGCCGGCCACAGAUUGGUGCGCUCACGUACCCGCCUCCUGCGGGAGGACCAGUAAGCGGAUAGCGGAGGCCUGGCGCCCGCUGUGAUUGGCCGAUUUUAAAAGCCCCUGCCAGGCUGACUGAGCGGCAAAAUGUUCGCGCUGCUGGUCCCGCUCGGGCGGCGCCUGGGCUUUGUGUCCACCAGGACCGCGGGCCGGGCUCCCUGCACGCGCGGGGGGCGCCGGACGGCACUCAGCAACCACCCGGACAGGGCCAGGCCGUUUUCUGCCGCUCAGGCAUUAGUCGUUGGCUGUAGGCCGCCGCGGGAAGUUGAGGCCUACCACGGAGGAGGCUGCUGAGGUGAAUCUCAGGGGAUCCGCAAGGGCUCCCUCACCUUUGCCGGGACCCUGGGAACCCGAAACGAAAUCCUACGCCACCAGCCCGUCGAAUGCGCCCCCUCGGCCGGGGGUCCCGGUCGUCAGAGAAGAACUCGGCCGAUGCGGUCCGAAAGCCCGCGAACCGCCUUGACCUGCAGACCCCGCCGCUUGGAGCUCCCGCCUUUCCCGGCCGAGCACGUGUCUGCUCGUUGUGUCUCACUGAUGUCUUAGGUCUCAAAAAAAAAGAAAAAGUUUUUAGUAGACAAGAGAAAUGGGGCCGUGGGUUCCUGGUCCCGGGGGAAACCGACGUCGCAUGAGGUCGUCCCUCAGCUUGAGCUCAGCGGAACGUGAGCUUGCAGAGGUGGAAACCACGCAAGGUUUGCGUGUCUUGGAGCUCCCUGGACACCGAAGCCCGGACACAGUCCCGGGGCCGCACCGCCUGUGACCUGCGGCGGGACCGCCGGGGUGGGCGUUUUCUCAGCGGGCGCGCGCAUAGGCGGGACUUGGGAAACUAACUGGAGCGAAGUGGCAAAAAACCAAGACGGGGCGGGUGACCUCGCGCAGGCCGUCCUUUCCUGUGGAGUAUUCCUUCAGCUAACCCCCUUAUUUCAUGUGUCCGAGUCUGGUUUCUGGGUUUCUUUGUGGUCCCUCCGGGCCGUUCGUGCGCCUUCACCUGGAAACGGUUCGUCGUGGAGGGCCGUGUGCUUGUUUGCAGCGGUAACGAUGCCCUUCCCGAGCGUGCUGGAGUGGCUCCUCGCUGACGCAAGCUCACCUUGCAGCCUCCUCAGCAACCACAACUUAAACGGGCCCUGAGGAAGCCCUGGAAUCUCGCUCAGAAUUUUUUUCCUUUUUUUUUUUUUUUUUUUUUGAGACAGUCUCGCUGCGACGCCCAGGCUAUACCGCAAUGGCGCGAUCUCGGCUCACUGCAACCUCCCUCAGGAAGCCGUGGAAGCUCGACCGCCAGAAACUUCCUUCUCCUGACUCAGGCCACAGUUGCUGUGUGGCUGGUCUCCAGGAGGUAAGGCCAGAGCUGCAGGCAACACCGGUGCUUGGGCUCCUGCUGAGCAGUUCUUUCCUGCGAGUAACAGAACCAGGGAGGGAAGUGGGCUAAGGCCUCCCCUGCCCCUACAGUCGUCUCCUGCAGCUCCCACCAUGCUGGACUCAUCAGUAGCAGAGCAAGUGACCCAACUGACGCUGAAGCUCUUGGGACAGAAGCUGGAGCAAGAACGGCAGAACAUGGAAGGGGGACCUGAGGGCCUCCACCUCGAGCCAGGAAAUGAGGACCAGCCAGACGAUGCCCUGCAGACUGCUCUGAAGAGAAGGAGGGACCUUCUGCAGAGACUCCGGGAGCAACACCUCCUGGACGAGCUCUCUCGGGCCCAGGCCUGGAGCAGGCCGAGCAGAGGAGCCCUCGGGUCAGCCCUGCCCCCAGAGCUGCCCCCCACGGGCAUCCUACCCGCUGCCUCCCCAUCGCCGCUGGCCCCAGACCCGCCAAGGAUCAUCCUGCCUACGGUCCCCCAGCCUCCUGCCACCAUCAUUCAGCAGCUCCCUCAGCAGCCACUCAUAGCACAGAUUCCUCCUCCCCAGGCCUUCCCUACUCAACGGUCAGGAAGUAUUAAGGAAGACAUGGUGGAGCUGCUGCUGCUGCAGAACGCACAGGUGCACCAGUUGGUCCUGCAGAACUGGAUGCUCAAGGCCCUGCCCCCAGCCCUGCAGGUAGGCUCAGCCCUGAGCAGACCCCGAGGCCAAGGAGACAGGGCCCGGGUGGUUUUUCCUCUGGAAAUUUCUGCAUCUGUGUGGCUCUGAAAGGGCAUUCCUGGCUCAGGUCUGCAGUCUGGCUGUGAAGACUCCAUCCCCAUCGAGUCCCAGCCCAGAUGAGGAAUGGGUUGCACAAUUUGGGGUGGGGGAGGAGCCUCCUCUGGGAGACCCCGCCAUCCUGCCUAUCACAUGGGACCCAGCCCCAGUUAGGAACAGGGCAGGAGUGGAGGUGGGGAGCAGCCUGGGCCGCGUCUUGAGCGGCAGGUGCGUCUGUGGCAGGACCCGCCACAUGUGCC